UUUCCUAAGAUCACGUCAAGCCAAACACUAAGCACAACAACAAAACAACAAAAUGGUCAAGACCAAGCAAGAAACCAAGGAGAACGGUGUCGCUUCUCUCAUUGAUGCUGCCACUAAGGAGGCUCUCCAGCAGAAGCAGAAUGAGCUCGCCACUGCUAUCCGCGCCGCUGCUGAUGCCUUGAGGAAGGCUGCCGAGGCCUGCGAGUCAUAUACUCUCGCUCUUCCUCUCCCUCCCGCCCCUGGGUCCGACGACAAGGCCAACGGCAAGAAGCGCAAGCGUGAGAGGGACCCCGAUCAGCCUAAGCGUCCCAUGUCUGCCUACCUCAUCUACCAAGGUGAGGUUCGCCAGCAGGUCAAGGACAAGCUCGGCGAGCAGGCUACUCAGCAGAACAUCAUGAAGGAGGUUGCUGAGAGAUGGGGCAAGUUGACCGACGCGCAGAAGAAGAAGUACGUUGACUUGGCUGAGAAGGCUAAGGAGCUGUACACCUCCAACAUGGAGGAGUACAAGGCCAAGAAGGAGGGCGGUGAGUCUCCAGCGGCUGCCUCUGCCCCGGAGAAGGAAGCAUCCCCUGAGCCUGAAGCCGAGGCUGCGCUUGAGCCUGAGGCUACUCCUGCCACCCCGGCCAAGGCCGCUGCCACUCCCAAGGAGAAGAAGAGCAAGAGAAAGAGCAGGUCUGAUGUCAAGACUCCCUCCAAGGAGGAGAAGACCGCCGAGAGCGCGAAGAAGACGGAGACCCCUGCUCCUGCUAAGACCCCCAAGGAGGAGAAGAGGGAGCGCAGGAAGAGGAGGAAGUCCGAGAAAUAGGAAAAAGCGAUGGGAAAUGUAAUCAUGAGUUAGGAUAAUUCUUGCGAUUCGGGAUACACGUUGGGUAAAAACAAGGGGAGGAUGGUAUAGCAACAU